GAUCAAACAAACUACUCCGGAUAGUUACAGUACCAUGUAAUUCAUCAACUUCAAUGUUCACUUAAGGAUUAAUAUAUUUUAUAUUUUAUCUUGAAAGCUAUCUGACGGAUGUGGAUACCUACAUAGUGCGUAAGUACGAAUAGGAGCCUGUAUACAGACUUGUGUACAUACAUAUAAUCAUACAUAUAAUAUGUAGUAUAAAUAUUGGAUAUUUGUACAUGUAUGCACCUUAUGAUGUCGGAAUACUGAAUCACCGUAAGCUCCUUUCGGUAUCGUUCGAUGCGGGAAGUGCUUUAGUAAGUACCCAGUGGUCUAAAACAGAGAAGCUUCGAUGACUUUACAUGAUGUCAAGUCUCAUGACGAAGUCUUUUGUGGCUUCUCGGAAGACUAAACAAACCCCUUCACUUCAAGAUACCUGCGACUACCACUACUACUACCUGCUAGGUAACAUCAAGUAGUACUCGAAUAAGAGUGUCAUCAUCACCACCUUCACCAUGGCUACCGCCAAGUGCAAUACUCUUAACGUGUCUACGAGAGAUGUCGCCGGGUAUCUCCCAAUCGAGAACUAUGGCAUGAUUGGGAACAUGAGAACCUGUGCCUUAGUAAGCAUGGAUGGGAGCGUAGAUUUCAUGUGCUGGCCAGAUUUUGACUCCCCGUCUGUAUUCUGUCGUCUCCUGGAUAAGCACAAAGGGGGCUACUUCAGCAUUGCACCCCCUCAGCCUGCGUCAUAUACAACCAAACAACAGUAUCUUCCAUCUGCCGCCAUCCUCCAAACUCGUUAUAUCAACGAAGAUGGCGUUGUCGAUGUUGUGGACUUCUUUCCGCGCCCUAAACAAGCCACAGUUUUAUCUACCAAGAACAAGCAUAGUGCCUACCGCGAGACCAGAAGUGUCUUUGAGGAGCUGAAGAAGUGGUUAGUACGGCGCGUCGAGUGUAUUCGCGGCCAGAUGUCACUAGACGUUGAUGUGUUCCCAGCAUUCGACUACGCUAGAGAGUCUCAUACCACUACCAUUCUACAAAAUGCGCGUGGUAUUGAUAGUCUCCAAAGUAAGACGGUGACAUUCUGCAGUAAGAGCCUCAAGCUUCAACUCGAUGUAACAAUCGACUGUGGUGGUAGAGAGUCAUCCGCCUGCCCAAAUCUUAUCUUCAAGAAGGUCCAGAAAGAGGGCAUGAAAGGUGAGGGAGUAGUUGCCCAUUUCACUCUACAGGAAGGUCAAGCUAUCUCAUUCGUACUUCGCGAAGACAGACCAAACCACGUGGAGGAGAAUAUCACGAGUCAAGAUCUCGACACACGACAACAUGAUACGCAAUCUUACUGGUUCAAUUGGCUAUCCAAGAGCAGCUAUAAAGGCGGUUGGCGCGAAGUAGUCAUGAGAAGUUUCAUGAUACUGAAGAUGCUAACCUAUGAGCCCACUGGGGCCAUUGUUGCGGCCCCUACAUUCUCGAUACCGGAGGCGAUCGGCGGAGUACGUAACUGGGACUAUCGCUUCUCUUGGGUCCGCGACUCAAGUUUUACGGUCUAUAUCUUGUUGCGGAUGGGGUUUACGGAAGAAGCGGAUUCCUACAUGGAGUUUAUCAGCGGCCUAGUCCGAAAAACGAUGACGGAGGGUGGUGAUUUGCCCAUAAUGUUCACUAUUAGGGGGGAAACAGAUAUACCAGAGCAAGAGCUCGGUCAUCUCGAGGGUUACAAAGGCAGCAAACCCGUUCGAAUCGGUAACGGGGCGGCUUUCCAUAAGCAAUUCGAUAUCUAUGGUGAACUCAUGGAUGCUAUAUAUCUAUACAAUAAGUAUGGGAAACCAAUAUCAUGGGAUACUUGGGUUUCUGUUCGUAAGAUGCUUGAUCAUGUCUUAACCAUACGCGAUCAACCGGAUAUGUCUAUAUGGGAAGUCCGCAACAACAAACAGAACUUUGUCUAUUCGAAGGUGAUGCUCUGGGUAGCAUUUGACCGCGGCCUUCGGCUCGCUGAAAAGAGGUGUCUGCCCUGUCCUAACCGGGUAAAGUGGUUAGAGGCUCGAGAUUCUCUUUAUGAAGAAGUGAUGGAGAAAGGGUACAACACGGAAAUGGAAAGCUUCAUCCAGAGUUAUGAGAACAAUACCAUGCUGGACUCCUCGAUUCUGAUCGCGCCCCUUGUGUUUUUCAUUACCCCCAAUGACCCGCGCUUCCUCAACACUGUCGACCGAAUACUUCUCCCACCGGAAAAGGGCGGGCUAACGAGCGCCGGUCUCGUCUACCGCUACGACACAGAAUUAGCCAACGAUGGAGUUGGUGGGCAAGAAGGCGCAUUCAGCAUGUGUACGUUUUGGCUCGUUGAAGCUUUAACACGGGCUUCGGUUUACGAACCUAGGUACUUGGCGAGGGCGGUGAAUUUAUUCGAGAAUAUGCUCAGCUUCUCGAACCACCUUUCCAUGUUCUCGGAAGAGAUUUCGCGUAGCGGAGAGCAGCUUGGUAACACCCCGCAAGCCUUUAGCCACCUGGCUCUCAUCAGCGCUGCCUUCAACCUCGACCGCGCAAGGGAGUUUGCUAAGAGGUAGCCUAGGUAGUUACUCUGAAUAACUAUCUGAAAAGGCACCUACACACUUAUAAUUACCUUUUAGGCUAUUAUAUCAAUAAAAUGUGAAGCAUGUUUUGUUGCUUUGUGGUGAAAUGCAACGUCGAACCGAAUUUAUG